AUGCUGAGGGGAGCAGGAUACUGUGUCAAGCCUCUUGCCCUUCGCUUUCCUGCCCUGCCUUCUGGCACUGCCCAGCUUACCACGCACUGUUCUGGCAACUGGACCUUGGGCAAGGGCAAGCAGGGCGGUGUAGCCUUCGACAUCUCGAAGAACAGCAAGACCACCACGCCGUUGCAGCUGAACAUCUCCAUGGAUGGCAAGACCAUCGUGACAAAGGAUGGCGAGUACCCGUUUCCUCUCGGCGUUCCUGGCAAGGCCCAGUGCACCGACGAUCCUCUGAUCACGGGCAUCCGCUUUACCGGCGCCGACGCGUAUCUGUUCAACACGCUCGGCUAUCUCGCCCUGUCGAAUGCCUUUCAGGACUGGCUUGUCAAACCGAUGGUGAAGGACUUCUGCGAAAGUGCCGCGCCUGGCUUCAUCAACAAGGCCCUCACCCAGCUCCGCGACCAGGCCACGCCGCUGCUCACGGAAGUGGCAGAGGACCUGCCGGCGCCGGUCGCGCCUGCCAGCAGCGGGCCGCGCGUGGACCUUCGGCGCGGCGCGGUGGGCUGGGUGACCGGUCUGCUACAGCAGGGCUUUGCCACCGGGCAGGUCACGGAGCUCAUGGACAGACUCUCGAAGCGCUCGGGCGCCCGCUCUGAGAUCCACGAGUUCCCCAGCACUGGAGUUCAGCUCGCUAGUGUGGCCAUGGAGCACCCAGCUGACAUGACCUUGGACGUAUUCUUGAAAGGCGCUGGCGUCGCGGGGCUCCGCACCCUCAGC